AUGCUUUCCUGGGUCCUGACCCUCGCAGUCUUCGCCGCGCUCGGGCGCGCGGACGUCUCCAUCUUCACUGACGGUGCCGGGGGGCUUUCGGCGGGCUGGGAAGACUGGUCGUGGGGCUCGACGCUCGACUACGCAUCCACGGCGAUUGCGGGGCGCAGCGCGCUGUCCGUGAACUCCACCGCGUAUUCCGCGUUCUCCGCCUACUCCGAGACGGUCUUUGGAACCAGCUACGCGGGGCUGCGGUUCGACGUCGCGGGGUCCGCGCCCGACGUCAGCAUCUCAUUGUCGUCGACUGCGGACAGCGACAGCAGCGAGUCGAUCGCGCUGUCGGCGUUGAGCAAGGACGUUAACCCGACUAGCUUUACUACGGUCACCAUAAACUUUCAAGACCUUCCGGACGGGACCGUGUUGACCAACGAUACCUGGAACCGGAUUACGUUUCAGGGUGGUGCGAACGGCGCCGUGUACUGGCUCGACAACAUCGUGCUGCUGUCGGAGAUCGUCGUCACCCCGACGUUCUUCAGCGCGGAGCCCCUGCUCGGAAACAUCGUCGCAGUUACCUCACAAGGAGCCGUCGACUUCUCGACUGUCUCAGUCAAUCUCAACGGCGAGACUGUCCCAACCACUCUCCUGACAACUUACACUCCCCCGGACACGCCCAGCAAGUCAAUCACCUACUUCCAGCUGAGCAAGUCCUUCGAGACCGGCACAGUCCUUAUCACAGCCGGCAACACGACGUACAACUACACUCUGCCCAAGCUUGAAUACGCCGCACUUACUCUCGGUAACACCAAGCCCAUCUCAAGCGACAUCUACGGCGUCAACUUUCCCGCGGACGCCAACUACAUCGACACGCUCGGCAUCACGCUCUCGCGCUGGGGCGGCAACGCGGUCACUGCGUACAACUAUGAGGGCGAUUUUACGAAUGCUGGCAAUGACUGGUACUUCGAGAACCGGAUCAGUAGCCCCACGUUCGAGCCGUGGCAUGAUAUGGUCAAGGGCGCGGGCAGCAAGUCCAUUGUCACCGUCCCCGCUCUAGAUUGGGUUGCCAAGGACGACACCUCUUACUCGUACCCGAAAAGCCUGUACCCAGAUCAGGCCAGUUUCGAUCCAUACAACCCUGAUGCAGGAGAUGGUGCAUGGCCGAAUGGCACCCAAUUUGGCACAGCACCGCCGCAGACGAACGUUUACAAGGAGUGGAAUGUCACAAACCAAAUUGCAUGGUUGAACUUCAUGUCAAUCAAGCCCGACAUCAUCACCGUGGACAACGAGAUUGAGAUUGCUUCAUCCACUCAUGAGGACAUGCACCCGGCUCCCAUGGACUACGAUGAAGAACUCUCCCGCGUGCUAUCUACCGCCAACGCUGCCAAAAACACUCUCCCAGACGUCCUCGUCGCGGCACCUUCCACUUGUGCAUGGUGGUACUACUGGACGAGUGUCGUCGGCUACACUGACAACGCGGCGCACGACAACAUCGACUUCCUCCCUUGGUUCCUGACCCAAAUGAAGGACGCCGAGAGCACGUACGGAAACCGCUUACUUGACUACCUCGACAUCCACUACUACUUUGGGGCCGACACCAGCGGCACCGACGCGGCCACCCAGGCCCUCAAGCUACGCAUGACGCGCUCCUUGUGGGACCCCUCCUACAUCGACGAGUCGUACAUCGGCACGAGCGUCCCCCCGCAGUGGCACCAGCCCAACCCUAACGCGGUCUGGCUCAUCCCCCGUAUGCAGGCGCUGAUCGAACAGAACUAUCCGGGCACCAAGCUGUCCGUUUCCGAGUGGUCCGCCCCUGACAACGACGUCACCGGAGGAUUGGUCACUGCAGAUGCGCUGGGCAUCUUUGGUGCCUUCGGCCUUGACGCCGCGACGUAUUGGGGCCAGCCUGCGAUCACCGACGGACCCGCGCUGGCGUACUGGCUCUACCGCGGGGCGGGCGUGCCGUUCGGGAGCUCGUCCGUCCAGGUGACGCUCUCGCAGAACAACACGGACACGCUUGGGGUGUACGCGAGCUCUACAGACAGCAAGAACGUCGCGCUCGUCAUUAUCAACAAGGACACUCAGCCGCUGGCCCUUGAUGUCGCCAAUCUGCCAACGGGCGAAUAUACGUUGAAGCACUUCGGUGGGAAUGCGGGGCUGGCGAAGUGGGUCACAACCGUCGACUUGUCGACGACGGAUUACUUGGUCGUGCCCGCGUGGACCGCUGUGUUCUUGGGGCAGUCGUGA